UAGGAUCUGGUGGAAGAAAAGUCAGCACGCACCACUGGGAGAUCAGAACUUCUAGCUGGCUCUCUGCUGCCACAGCUCCACCGAAGGGUGGGGAGGAAGAGGAGGACCACCCGACCCAGAGCUGAGGACAGCAGGUGUGUGCAGGUGCAUCACCUGGAUCAUGAGGUCAUCCCUCUGCUGGCUCCUCCCACUUCUCCUCAUCUUGGCCUCAGGGGCCCAAGGCCAGUCAACAAGACGACCAAGACCCGGGACCGGGUCCAGGCCCAGGCCCCGGCCCCGGCCCCGGCCCACCCCAAGCUUUCCUCAGCCCCAUGAGCCAGCAGAGCCCACAGACCUGCCUCCCCCACUGCCUCCGGGCCCUCCAUCUGUCUUCCCUGACUGUCCCCGGGAAUGCUACUGCCCCCCGGAUUUCCCAUCGGCCCUCUACUGUGAUAGUCGCAACCUGCGCAAGGUCCCUGUCAUCCCAUCCCGCAUCCAUUACCUCUAUCUCCAGAACAACUUCAUCUCUGAGCUCCCUCUGGAGUCCUUCAAGAACGCCACAGGCCUGAGGUGGAUCAACCUGGACAAUAACCGAAUUCGCAAGAUAGACCAGAGGGUGCUGGAGAAACUCCCCAGCCUGGUGUUCCUCUACAUGGAGAAGAACCAGCUGGAAGAGGUGCCCUCGGCCCUGCCGCGGAACCUGGAACAGCUGAGGCUAAGCCAGAACCACAUCUCCAGAAUCCCCCCUGGCGUCUUCAGCAAGCUGGAAAACCUGCUGCUCUUGGAUCUGCAGCACAACAGGCUGAGUGACGGAGUCUUCAAGCCCGACACCUUCCAGGGACUCAAGAACCUCAUGCAGCUCAACCUGGCCCACAACAUCCUGAGAAAAAUGCCACCCAAGGUCCCCUCAGCCAUUCACCAGCUCUACCUGGAUAGCAACAAGAUCGAGACCAUCCCUAAUGGGUACUUCAAGGGCUUCCCCAACCUCGCCUUCAUCCGGCUGAACUACAACAGGCUGUCGGACCGGGGGCUCCCCAAGAACUCCUUCAAUAUCUCCAAUCUGCUUGUGCUCCAUCUGUCACACAACAAGAUCAGCAAUGUGCCCGCCAUCAACAACAAGCUGGAGCACCUGUACCUCAACAACAACAGCAUAGAGAAAAUCAAUGGGACGCAGAUCUGCCCCAACAACCUCGUGGCCUUCCACGACUUCUCCUCAGACCUAGAGAACGUGCCCCACCUGCGCUACCUGCGGCUGGAUGGGAACUUCUUGAAGCCCCCCAUCCCGCUGGACCUCAUGAUGUGCUUCCGCCUCCUGCAGUCGGUGGUCAUCUAGACCUUGCCCUGGGCUGGACCUCCUCUGAUCGCACUUGAAGGCUGGUGGCCCAGGCGCCUGUGCCCACCAUUUUUCUCUGUCGCCCUGCCUUGCUCCCAGCCCUGGCUCUUACCUCUCCCCUUUCUGAGGAUGGGAAAUGCCAUAUGCCGUGCUACAGCUCUGGAGCAAGACUUUCCAGGGCUUGAUUUGGUCCCACCCAGUUCAAAGGCACCCCCUGCACACACACACCCAAACUUCUGGCCUUCUGUGGUCUCCCUCUGCUCCAGAAACGCAGAUGUAUGUCUAAAGACUUCACAUAUCCUCCUCCCUCCUCCACCCAUCCAUUCUGGCUCAGGCUGGGCGGUGGAUUGACAUCUGACUUUGGUCCUGGUCAAGUGAGACAAGAAGAUGAUUUGGGAAGCCCAGAGGUGAGCUUCAGAGGGUCCCGCUGGAGAUUUCGCCAUCUUGCCUCAAAGAGGCUGAGAAAUCCAGGUCUCCACAUUCAAGGAUCCCUUCUUCCAAAACUGCUCUUCCACCAUCUGCUGUUCCCAGCAUCAGAUAUCGCACUGCUCUCUGCCAGCCACGUUAUCCAGGAAGGAAGUAUGAGGGAAUGCCCAAGAUGGGGCGGAGGGUUAGGGUUCCCAAAGGGGCCUGCAUCUGGAUGUCUCUGCACCGGGACAGUUGGAAACUACUCCUCCUUUUCCAGGACAAACCCAGUACACACUCUCCUGACUGGGCCUCAGAUAGGAACAGCCAAGGAGAAGAGUGGAUCCAAGAACUGGGAAUUAGCUAGAGGGAGAGGGCCGGGGGUCAGGGCCUGAGGGUUGGCCCGUGUGAGUGUAGACGGACCCUGUGGGCCCCCUUCGCCCAACUUCAACAUAUGUCCCGAGGCCCUGGGGAACACAGUGUUCACAGUGGAAGGUCAUAAGGCACCGCCCCACCCCGCCAUCUGUUCUGUGUUAGUGCGUGCGCGAUCAGUCCAGUCACUUCCACCCCCAAGCAGGCGGUUCUUAAGAAACAAGGAAGAAGGGGCGGAGCAUCUGGAAUCUCUCAGAAGCCUCUUCCACAUUGGAAACUAGCCCCCAUUUCUAAGACAGACACAUCAGUGACACCUGGUGGCUGCUGAAGGUCACAGCUGGCUCACCCUCUCCCUGGGGUGAUGUUCCAAGGUUAAGAAGUUGGUGUAGGAUUCCAGCUUGGAAGAGCCAUGGGUGAUGUGCACAGUGUCUCUCUCCUCUAGAGUCCAAAGGGCACAAAGGUGCAGAGGUCUAGGCUCAUUCCAAUAGUGAAUGGUAUAAAUGGGAAAGCUUGGAGACCCCAGAUGAGGAUACAGUUUGACCUUGACCUUGCCAGAUCCAUUUGCUCUCAGCUCCCACAUCCAUAAACGCAGGUGGUGGGUAAGAGGCUCCUCUGAGCUCUCUGUUCUCAUGUGCCAAAUCUGCGACUCUGCAUUCUCAAGCACACCCUAAUGCAGGACAAGUCCUACCUUUUAUCCCUUUCCUUGCAGUAAUUUAUUCCCUAUCUGGAUUAUCCCUGCUGAGAGGAUUCUCUGUUCUCCUUAUCUGGCCCAGGUGAACAGCUCAGCAGGUCUCCAAGUGGAACCUGGGUUGCCUCGCCUUCAUCUUCCCCCCUCACUUCCUUUAGGGGGAUCUGCCCCUCCAUAGUCCUGAGUGUGUAUGCUGGUAGGGAAUUUGGAGAGGAGGAUGUUCUGGAAAUGAGUAAGACACAGUGCCCACCCUCAAGUUAGGACGAGGAAAGCUCCAGAGAUAUUCAAGAAGUUGUAUUAAGCUGAGUCCCUAACAUCAAGGAAUUUCUAUUAUACUCUCAUUCACCUUUCUCUUUUGCUCCUUCUAGGCCCAUCCCAUCCCUGCCUCCUUCCCCUGCUCCCAUUCAGCUUCCUCUUCUAGCUGCAGCUGGUUUCUCCAAGGCUCCUGCUGAAAGUCAACAUAUUAUUAUGGCUGUAAGCAACCUGGUGCUAUGGCCUGGAUAAGCCCCCUUCUGACCUGUUCACACCUCGCAACCUCAGCCCUUUGGUGAGGCCCUCGGGGGAGUGUGCUCCUGUGACUCCCCAGGGGGAGCCUAGUCCUGCAAACCUGAACUAUUUUGUUUUAGCAGCCACACGAUCAUCAUCAUUCCACUGCCCCAUCUAGAAUCCAUCUGCUCCCUGUGUUGCUCUCUGCAGCUGAACACCACAGGGCUUAGACUUCAAUUGGCACCAUAGGUUACCCCCACCCCGGCCAAGCACACCCAAUGUGCAGGUUGCCUUUGGGUUUAGAAAGCCCCUCCUCCUUACCCAAGUUCAUCCCUCAGUGCUGUUGGCAUCUACAUAAACAGGUGUGUACGUAGGUACGUAUGUGUGCUCUGCACAUAUAUCUCUAUUCCCUCUUGAAGACCAUGUUAACUUUGUGAAACAAGUUUCACAUUUCAACACGCUUUACAGCAGAGGAAAUAAAGUAAUAUGAA